UCCGCCAUUCCCCAUCGCAAAACCACUCCAACACAAUUCAAGCAGCAGCGAAGGCACUCCACUCACUACUCCAGAGCUAAGCAAUCGUUCGGCAGCCGAUUCAGAACAAGAUGUGUCAGAUCAAGAAGGAGAUGAGCGCCGAGUCGUCAGGCUCCGCGUGCAGCUGGGCUUCGGCCUCGACCUCCUCGGAGCACCACCAGACGGUGUGGACGUCGCCGCCGAAGCGGCCGGCGGGGCGGACCAAGUUCCGGGAGACGCGGCACCCCGUGUUCCGCGGCGUCCGGCGCCGAGGCAACGCCGGGCGGUGGGUGUGCGAGGUGCGCGUGCCCGGUCGCCGCGGCUGCAGGCUCUGGCUCGGCACAUUCGACACCGCCGAGGCCGCGGCGCGCGCGCACGAUGCCGCCAUGCUCGCCAUCGCCGGCGCGGGCGCCUGCCUCAACUUCGCGGACUCGGCGUGGCUGCUCGCGGUCCCGGCCUCGUACGCCAGCCUCGCCGAGAUCCGCCACGCUGUCGCCGAGGCCGUGGAGGACUUCCAGCGCCGCAAGGUGCUCCCUGAGGAGGAGGACGCGCGCUCGGCCACGUCGUCGACGCCGUCCUCCGUCGCGAAUGACGAAUGCAGCUGCACCGACAGCGAGGAGACCUCGCCGGCCACCGACGACUCGCCGUUCGAGCUGGACGCGUUCGGUGACAUGAGCUCAGACUUGUACUACGCGAGCUUGGCGCAGGCGAUGCUCAUGGAACCACCGUGCACAGUCGCGGCGUUCUGCGACGAGGCCGUGGCCGAUGUGCCGCUCUGGAGCUAUUAGAGCAUAGAGCCGAGGUCGCUGUAGUUCAGUUUUCGCCUUUUUCUUUUCCUUGGACUCCGAAGGUCCGAAGCCAAAUUUUGGUACUGUGACGGUUUACUACAUUUGGAAGUGAGGCAGAGCAACUUGGGAAAACAGAUUUGCUAAAAGUAGCAAGAAAUGGAAAAUUGAGCUUACACUAGUGGUUGACCUCGUGCUUGCGCCUCACUAACAAAUCGUCACUCUGCUUGCUAACGGCAAGGAUGGCAAUAGUCCCCCACACGGCCACACCGCUCGCCGCACUGACGGGGGCUUCCUGGCUCGCAGCCUCGCAAUAUAUAAUCUCGCAUUGCCGUGCCGCCGCUAUGGCAACCAUAUGCGAGGCAGGCGAAGGAUCGCUCGAUGCCUCGAUGCAACCUGCAAGGCGUGAGCGUGACGCGCGCUCCGGAUCAGCCUCCGGCCGUCACCGUUGACGUCUGCAUUUCCUGAAGCGCAACGCCAAGAGGCACUCAAGUCUGACCGAGAAAAAAUUGACUUGGGAGGAGGCCGGAGCCCGGAGCUAGUCUGCCGGCAGCCGCUGAUUUUUGUUGCUGAAUUGCAGCGAUGGGGUUAGUCAAAGUAGUUUGUUUUCCUCAGGCGAAGCGAGAGACCGAGAGACCCCCCGGUCCUACUCCUACCAUGCUCGGUUGACAGUCAAACUGAGGAGUACUGUGUCAGCAAUGAUGCAGCACGCCAAAGCAUGGACGAAGGAAUCAGCAGCAGCACCAAUUGUAUGUGUAGAUCUGCCGUAUCAAUGCACUUGAUUCGUAAGGCUA